CUUCCAUGCGUCUCCUCCCCUCCCCCACCUCCCUACCCCCACUCCACCGAAAACUGGGCCCGUGGUUGCCCACCGCCUGACAUCUGCAAGCUGCAUGCCCACGAGUGCCCACUUGGAAUCUCCAAUCAGCGAUAGCAGCAAUGACUUCAAAAUGGAGAACUAGUGAAUCUUGGUAUUCUCACCCAGUAUAUGCAAGAUAUUGGCGACAUUAUCAUCAUGCAAUGGUUUGGAUGCGAACCCACCAGAAUGUCUACAGGAAGUCCAGGAAUUCCUGUUUCACUUCCCCAUGGUUCUACCCUCAAGGAGUUCUUCCCUGGAACUCUGUUGCUUAUGAGGCUGGGCAUCCUUGGAACUAUCAAGGCCAACACAUGGUCUGGCAGGAGCCUCCCUACAGUGUUUCCUAUCUCCAAAGCUCUGGGCAGCCUUUGUAUGAUAGCAGUAGAAUCCAGGCAACCACAAGAGAAGAUGAAGGCCCAUAUGAAGAGGAAGAGAUGGAGUCGGAUUCAGAUAAUGAAAUAGAAUGCGACCUGAGCAAUAUGGAAAUCACUGAGGAGCUCCGCCAGUACUUUGCAGAGACUGAGAGACACAGAGAAGAGCGGCGGCGACAGCAGCAACUAGAAGCGGAGCGCCUGGACGACUAUGUAAAUGCCGACCAUGGGCUGUACUACAACCACCACCGGUCCACAGAGCCUCCCUCGGAGAAGCCUGGGGAGCGGCGUCAAGCCGAGAUGAAGCGCUUGUAUGGGGAUAGUGCUCCCAAGAUCAUGGCCAUGGAGGCUGCUGUGCAGAUGAGCUUUGACAAGUAUUGUGACAAAAAGCAGCCAAAAUACUGGCCUGUCAUUCCUCUGAAGUUCUGAGUCGUGGGCACAGGGACCUUGGGGAAAGCCUCCUGAACACAGUUCCUCGCCUUUCCCUCUGGAUGUGUUCUUUUCAUUUCUCCUGGACAUUUUUCAGAGAAAGAGGCUAUAUACCAACACAGUGGAUACGAUCUGUCAGCCACUUAGAGUUCUGUCAGCAGGAGGUACACUGUUGCCAACACAAGAAAUGUCCCCUUUACAUAAAGUGAUAAUCAUGUAUAUUAUACUGGCUCUUGAUUAAUCCCCUAAUAGAGUUCAGUUCAUGGACAUUUUUGCCUAGAGAUACAAUGAUUUGCAUUUAUGAUUUUCUGCUUUAAGCCUUCCUGGAUUCUAAGCCUUCCUGGAUGCCACAAAAGCCUUAAGCCACGUCAUUCUUUUUUUUUUUUUUUUUUUUUUUUUGAGACCAGUUCUCAUAUAAGCCAAGUUAGCCUCAAACUCUUAAAUCCUCUUCCUUCCACUUCCCAAAUGCCCAAAUGCUAGCUUACAGAUGUGCACCCCAUUCUGGGCUCUAAUCCACAUGUUCUCACUGACUGUAACCCUUUGGAUCCCUCUGAAAAUGAUACAAGAGUACAGCAGGAAAAAUGCCACUUGUUAUUCAGCGAGGUGUCAGCCUGCAUCCUCUCUAAAAGGCCUGAGAGCAAUGCUCUGGGCUUGGCAAGCCAUGUGCUCUGUCUCCUAACUGCCUAACCCUGACUUUACAGCGUCAAAACAGCCAUGGAUACUGAGUAAAGAAAUGAACUUGACUGUGUUCCAAUAAAACUUUAUUUGUAAAAUACAGGCCAUGGACUGGAUCUGAUCUACAACUGCUGCUAUAACAGAGUGAAAAUCACCCAUCUGACAUUCUUAUUUUGUUUUCUGUCCAGACCUUGGAUGUCAAACAGAAUUGAUAGCAAGGAACAGUAAUUCCCCAGUCUGGUCACUUUUGCAGCCUCUUGUCAGAAUGCACAGUUGAGCCCUUACUGCAUAUGGUAAAUACCAAUUUGCUAAGCAACUACAUCUGUGAGACGGAAACCUAAACAUUGACGGCACAGUCCAUUUAUAGAAGCCAGCUACUUUUUAAGUAAGUUAUUAACAGUGCAUUGCUGGGGUGAGCCUGUGUUGACCUGAGAAGAUUAGCACAUCCAUCAAAGGAAGACGUCAGGACACGAACUCGAGACCUGGGGCUAGAAGCUGAUGCAGAUGCCACGGAUUGCUGCUUACUGACUUCUUCCACACGACUUGGUCAGCCUGCUUUCUUGUAGAACCCAGGACCAGCGUCUCAGGGAUCUUUAUGAUUGCGAAAGCAUGUGGGUUGGACUGAACAGCGGAACAUCAGAAGCAGAAGUCUAAGACAUGACUAGAAAGAGCGAAGGACAGCCGCCUGCAGUCUCCAGAAAUUAGACGUCAAGAAAAUGGAUUCUCCCCCAAGAGCUUCUCGAAGAAAUGAAACUUUUCAUAUGCCUCGAUGUUAGCCCUGUGAGACUCCGUGCAGACUUCUGCCCUCGGGAAGCGUAAGAGGAUCUAUCUGUGGCUUAAGUCAUUGCAUUUGCGGCAAUCUAGCAGAAGGGACAAACAGGAAAUUGAUAUAGGAAGUGGAUGAUUGAUUGGUGACGCUGUGUACUGAGCAAUUCAUGUGCACUACAUGAUUGGUGAUGCUGUGUACUGAGCAAUUCAUGUGCACUACAUGAUUGGUGAUGCUGUGUACUGAGCAAUUCAUGUGCACUACAUGAUUCGAUCCUAGCACACCUCUGGAAGCCAAUUCGUUAUUGCCCAAAUCGAGAAAUGAACUCAGAGGAAGUGGCCCCAAGCCGGCAAAUGAGCCACAUCAGGAGGGAAGAUUGAUCUGGGCUUUGAGUCUCUCUGAGCUCUGGGUUACACUUGCCAUCUGCAGGUGAACAAAAAGAUUUGAGGGAGCCCGAGCUUUCUGACAUGGGAGACUGAGUCUCCACUGCCUGGGGUUGCAGAGUGGUUUGGAUGGGCAUUUGGUGAAAAAGAAAAAGAGAAGUCUGAGGUCAAGGCAGAAACUCACCCACAGUGGAUUUCGUGCAAGUAGAAUAAACCAUUUAGGAUGACUAUAAAGACCGAGAAGAAAGAGGGCCAACUGGGUAACAUAAGAAAACUCAGUACUGGGAAGAUAAGUGUCUGGAACAGAAACCUCAAAACUGUUAAAUCAAUUUUAAAAAGCAAGAUGGAACACACACACACAAACACGUGCGUGUGCUUGCGCUGAAUUAUUCCAUUGAUAUGAAAUGUUCAGAGAAGGCAAAUCCACUGAGAUAGAAAAUGAGUUAGUGUUUGCCAGGAACUGGAAAUUGGGUAAUACUCGUGCUGGCAGGGUCCUGAAGCAGUGAUGGACCCACAUGGUGAAACACCGUGAAUGUACAUGAGACCUAGCUAAGCUGGGUUUAGAGUGGACUUGCAUGAUCUAAUCCAUUCAGACUCCUAACCGCCUCUUUAAGGUUCCAAUAUCUCUUAAUAUCUCAUAGGAAGGAUUAAUUUCCAAAUGAAUUGCAGAGGAGACAAGUCGCAUUUGAACUGGAGCAGGUUUUCCGUGUUACACUUUGGACUUUAUGAGCAGCUGCUAAGCCUUCACAAAGGCCCGAACUGAACUAACCCAUUUCCCACAAUGAUCUGCUUGAAAGCAAUAACAGCACUGAGAAUCAAUGGGACCUACAGUGAAAGUGGCAGUGAAACAGGGGACAGAAGAUAGAUGUGAGAGAUGGAGAAGAAAUGACAACUCCAUCUUUCUAGGUGUUUCAGCCACUCAACCCGUCAGAAAUCUUGUUGGCUCUGCCUACAUCUCCUAUCACACCCCUGCCUCUCUCCCUGCCUUAGUUACUGUUCUAUUACUCUGAGGGAACACCAUGAUCAAGAAUUUUAUUAAAGGAAGCAUUUCAUUGGGGGAUUGCUUACAGUUUCACAUUGCUAGUCCAUGAUCAUCCUGGCGGGGAGGGAAGCACCAGGUAGGCAGCCAUGGUGCUGGUUAUGUAGCUGAGAGCUCACAUCUGAUUCACAAACUGUAGACAGAGAGUGAGCAAAAUUGGGCCUGAUGUGAGCUCCUCAAUCCUUAAAGCCUACCCCAGUGACUCACCUCCUCCAACAAGACUCUACCUUCUAAUCCUUCCCAAACAGCGGCACUAACUGGGGAACCAAGUCUUCAAGCAUAUGAGCUUUGGGGGACCAUUCUCAUUCAAACCUGCAUACUAUCCAAAUGCUACUGUCUGUUUCAAAUCGAGACUUUUUCAAUAGCUCCCUACCCACCCUUGCUUUCUCAUAAUCUCUUCUACACAAAACUCUGAUUUGGUUGGAAUGUAAAAUAUCCCGCAUCGGCUCAUGUGUUUGGACCUCUGGUCCCUAGGUCGUGAUGCUCUUUUGGUGGGUUGUGGUACAUGUGGAACGUGGAGCCAACCUAAUGGAGGUAGCUCAGUAGGGGUAGACUUGUAGGCUAUACCUUUUCUGACCCAACCCAAGUUCUCAGCUUCCUGGGCUGGUUACCAUGUCAGGGACUCUGUCCAGCUUCCUGCCACCGUGUUGCUGCUCUGCCAUGCCUUUCAUAUCAUGAUGGACUGUGACCCUUUGAAGCCAAGAGCCAAAGUAACCUUUUCUUCCCUUCCGUUGUUUCUGUCAGGUAUUUUGGUCUCGGUGGUGAGAAAAGGUAGCUAACAGAGCCUCUAGAUGAAGUCCACUCAAAUCAUUUCCCCCACACCUCUACCAUACCCAAAUGUCACUUAGAGAAACUAGACAAUGGGUCCCAGAACAAAAGAGAAAUUAACUCUCAUGUUCUAUAACACAGUAAGUUGGCUACAGUCUAUAAGUUUAUGAUGUAGUUCAACAUAGCUGGAAAAAAAUAUGAACAUUUCCGACCCAUAAAAAUGAUAAAUAUUUGAGAACAUAGAAAUACAGUUAUCCCAAAUCAGUCAGUAAUACUUACACAUAUACUGAACUAUUAUGUUAUACCCCUUCAAUACUUAACAGAUAUGAUGUGUCAAAAAUAAAACAUACUUUAGAACCAAAUUAGGAUAGCUCGCCAGGUAAAGCAGGGACCCAAGCUCCAUUCAUGUGUGGAACCCAUGGAAAAAGCUGAAUGUGGAGUAAUUCCACUUAUGCAGCAAGCUGAGAGGCAGAAACAGGAAAAUCACCCAGAAGCUAGUGGGGCAACUAGCCUGGAGUAUGCAGUGUGGAAGAAACAUGGAGGGAGAAGGGCAUCUUUUCCUCACGCAUGCCACCACAUGGCAGGCGAGGGAGAUGGGACCAGCUCUCCCAGUCUCCUACCCUCGCCCGUGCCCCCAUCCCCUGCAAACAGGGUCAGCUCUAUUGUGCUGCCCAGGCAAGAUGUAAAACCUGCUCUCCCGAGUGCUUCAGCCUGUGAGGGACGGGACCAGUUCUCCCAAGUCUUGCAGCCUUUGAGAGGCGGGGCCAAGUCUGUACAGCCCUGUCUUCUCAGCCUCCAGUGUCAUCAGGAGCCAUGCACAUCAACACAGACUGGCUGCAAUAGGGCCAUGAACUUAUUGUCCACAGCAGCAUCCCAGGCCCAGACAUCACCUUGGCCCAAGGUGGUAAUUAAGCCACCCACCUCAGCUUGUUCCUCACCAUUUUCACCUCCAGAUACGCCUCUGUCCACAGGGCUCAAACCAUUCUCUCUUUCCCAUAGCACACCAUAGUUCACCAUAAUAGUGCCCAAGGGCCCAGUGCCACAAGGGGGGCCUGUCUUUUCUCCUUGGAGCCCAGGAUGGACCACCCCACCUGCUCGUGGGUCUCCUUGUCCAGCUCAGUACGUCACAGUACUAGGUAGUCUACCGACUUCUUAACCCCUGUGGAGAAAUGAAAAGAGCAAGUCUCCAAAGCAGCCCACAUUGCUCUCAGACUCACUAUGUAGUUAAGAAUGAUUCGGAACUUCUCAUCUUCCUACCUCUGCCUCCUGACUACUGGAAUUACAGAUACUGAGGCUUGAACUAGACUCCAGAGCUUCGUGUGUGCUAGGCAAGCCCUCUACCAACUGAGCUACAUCCUAUGCCUGGCCACCUGACUCUUAAAUUACGUGCAUGGAUAUCUGUCAUUUGUUUAAUAUUAACUGCUAGAGGAUAAGAAAACCACAGACCCACCCCACCCCUGUCUACCCCAUUCCUGAGUAAAGACCUCCAUUUCUAAAAGAAGCUAGAAAAGAAAGAAUGGAAAGCCAAUUGCUCCUUCUGGACUUGAUCCAUCAAGAGUGCAGGCACCAAGUGCCCUGAAACCAACUAGGCGGCUUAGGGCCCAGCAUCUGCUCCAAGUCUUCCUCAUCCAGUAAAACCAUAGGAAGGGAGGAAAGAGCGGCUCCCUCCUUAGUGCUGUGAGCACACAUUUCUAGUCCUUUCCCCACAUGCCAUACUGUGCUACUUGGGAGUAGAUGAGUCACAUGAAUUGCUUUGGCCAAUGAGAUACAAAUAGAAGUCAUUAUAAACUGGUGCUCCAACUUCCUUUAUGUUCUCUUCCCUGGGUCUCAGAAACACCAGGACUAGAUGAUGUGAGGUCCAGGCUAAUGACCUUCAUCAGGCUGUGAGUGAGGAUACAAAAAAAAAAAAGGUUUAGUU